AUGCCUAUUUGGUUUACAGCUACUGCAAUCUUCAAGCAACUUUGUCGUUCCCUUAUCGUAGCUAUUCUACUCAGCUCCUUUGUUCUGCUCUUGAUCGGUGGCAAUUGGAUGAUUUUCCUGUAUCAACCUUCUGUCGAGGCUCAGGAUGCGAAAUCAGCGAGAGAUGAUUCUUUAGAAGCGUUUGGAGCGAACCGAAAUGAUUAUAAUGGACUUCCAGUGUCUGAAGAUUUCAGGAAGAAAAUGCAAGAAAUCCGCACCACGGUGCUUGACCUUUACGACACUCGGAAGGAACCCGUUAUCAAAGAACACCUGCAAAUAAUCAAGGAUGACGUGGAAAAACUACUUUGCGAAUUGGAACAAGACAAGUAUUCAAUCAAACUAUCCUUUCAGAAGCAGUUACUGACAAACCCAAUAGCGGAUUAG